GCGCUCACAGCUGGCAGCGGCGGCGGGGAGACCAGGCGGGGGAGCCGGACCUGGCACUGAGCCCCCCCAGCCCAGCCCCGCCGGACCCCCGAGUCCGCUCCCCGGACACCCCGCGCCCGCCGCCAGGGGAGCCAGGGCACAAUGAGUGAAGCUAGCAAGGAGUGUCGGGUGGCCUUCGGCCCUUCUCUUGGGGACAUCGUGAGGGUGAAGAGAGAAGUUGGCUCCCCUGUUGGAGAGCAGAGUUACAGCCAGCUCUGCUCUGUGGGGUCCAACUCUCGCUGCAUGGACCUCGAACAUAAAAGGGCGAAGGAGAAAAGAGGAACUGCUUUGUCCAAAAGCCUUCAACAGGUGGAUUUCUGGUUCUGCGAAUCAUGCCAGGAAUACUUUGUGGAUGAGUGUCCCACGCAUGGACCUCCGAUCUUUGUACCUGACACACAAGUUCCCAUUGGCAUGACGGAUCGGGCAGUUAUGACUGCACCACGUGGUAUCGAAGUGGUAAAGGACACCAGUGGUGAAAGUGAAGUACGUUGCAUCAACGAGAUCAUUCCCAAGGGCCACGUCUUUGGGCCAUACGAAGGGCAGAUUGCCACCCAAGACAAAUCUUCAGGCUUCUUCUCAUGGCUGAUUGUGGAUAAUGACAACCGGUAUAAAUCUAUCGAUGGGACAGAUGAGGCGUGUGCUAAUUGGAUGAGGUAUGUGGUGAUCUCCAGAGAGGAGAGGGACCAGAAUUUAAAGGCUUUUCAGCACAGUGAGAAGAUCUACUUCCGUGCUUGCCGUGACAUCCAGCCCGGGGAGAAGCUGCGAGUGUGGUACAGCGCUGAUUACAUGAAGCGACUGCACAGUAUGUCUCAGGAGACCAUCAACCGGAAUCUCACCAGAGGAGAAAAAAGGGUGUUUAUUGAAAAAAAUGACAAACUUUUGGAAAACCAAGAAGACGUGAAAGGCACCUUUCCGUUGACAAGCUUUAAACAAGGGAAGAGCCUUUACAAGCGGAGUUAUGAGGAGGGAGACAUACACCCUCAGACCAAAAAGAAAAAAAUUGACCUUAUCUUCAAAGAUGUCCUCGAGGCUUCUCUGGAGUCUGCCAAAAUGGAAGAGUGUCCUUUGAUGACCAGUAGCCCCAUCACAGUAAAAAGGUCUUCUAAGUACCAAUAUGAAGACCAUGGCGAGAGGUGCAAAGGAAACAAACAGUGUUCUCCUACCCCAAAUCAGACACGGACCCAGAUGGAGUGGAAAAUUCCCCAAGCUUCCACUCUAGGUCUCGAGAGGGAAGCCAGUCUGCCAGAUGAUGAUGGGGAAAAUCAUUUGUCCAUUAAAGCAGAAAGUCCUGCUGAAUCUUCCACAGUAGGUGAUCUAGAAGAGAUCCCUUCCACCUCUUUCUGUCCAAACUGUAUAAGGUUGAAGAAGAAGAUAAGAGACCUUCAGGCUGAGCUGGAAAUAUUAAGGUCUGGCAGGGUCCCAGAAACUCCCCCAUUGCCCCAUCAUAUAACUGAGGUCCCAGAGCUUUCUGAUAUAUCAGUUCCAGAAAACAUGGUCAUAGCUCCCACCAUGAUGGAAGAUGAUGACCAGGAAGUAGACUCCGCUGAUGAAUCGGUUUCCAAUGAUAUGAUAGCCGCUACUGAUGAGCCUUCCAAGAUUUCAGCUGCCACUGGCAGGCGAAUACGUAGAUUCAAACAAGAAUGGCUGAAAAAGUUCUGGUUUUUGAGGUACUCGUCCACAUUGAACGAAAUGUGGUGCCAUGUAUGCAGGCAAUACACCGUGCAGUCGUCUCGGACUUCUGCUUUUAUUAUCGGUUCAAAGCAAUUUAAGAUACACACCAUCAAACUCCACAGCCAAAGCAAUCUCCACAAAAAGUGUUUGCAGCUCUACAAGUUGAGAAUGCACCCGGAAAAGACAGAGGAGAUGUGCAGAAACAUGACUCUUCUUUUCAACACUGCAUACCACUUAGCAAUGGAAGGUAGGCCUUACUAUGAUUUCAGGCCCCUGGCUGAGCUAUUGAGAAAAUGUGAACUCCGAGUAGUUGACCAGUACAUGAACGAGGGUGAUUGUCAAAUCCUGAUCCAUCAUAUUGCCAGAGCACUUCGUGAAGACUUGAUAGAACGUAUUCGACAAUCACCAUUCCUGAGCAUCAUCUUGGAUGGACAAAGCGAAGACCUGCUCACUGAUACAGUGGCGGUAUAUGUCCAAUAUACUAGCAGCGACGGACCACCUGCAACAGAGUUCCUUUCUAUUCAAGAGCUAGGCUUACCUACGACUGAGAAUUAUCUCCAAGGAAUUGACAGAGCUUUCUCAGCCCUUGGGAUCAGACUGCAAGAUGAGAGGCCAACGGUAGGCUUGGGUGUUGAUGGUGCCAAUAUCACUGCUGGGCUUAGAGCAAAUAUGUAUAUGACAAUCAGAAAAACCUUGCCUUGGUUACUGUGUUUGCCUUUUAUGGUACACCGACCUCACCUAGAAAUUUUAGAUGCAAUUAGCGGAAAAGAGCUUCCAUGCCUCGAAGAAUUAGAGAAUAAUUUGAAGCAGUUACUUAGUUUCUACCGGUACUCUCCUCGACUUAUGUGUGAGCUACGACUCACAGCUGCAACCCUUUGUGAAGAGACUGAGUUUUUGGGUGACAUCCGUGCUGUAAAAUGGAUCAUAGGUGAGCAGAAUGUCCUAAAUGCGUUGAUUAAGGACUACCUGGAAGUAGUGGCACAUUUGAAAGAUGUCAGUGGACAGACUCAAAGAGCAGAUGCUUCUGCUAUAGCACUUGCCCUGUUACAGUUUCUCAUGGAUUAUCAGUCAAUUAAGCUUAUCUACUUCCUGUUGGAUGUGAUUGCGGUUUUGUCACGCCUUGCCUAUGUCUUCCAAGGUGAAUACCUUCUUGUGUCCCAAGUGGACGAGAAGGUGGAGGAGGCUAUUCAAGAAAUCAGUAGGCUGACUGAUUCUCCUGGCGAGUACCUUCAGGAAUUUGAAGAAAAUUUCCGUGAAAGCUUCAACGGUAUCGCUUUGAAAAACCUACGUGUGGCAGAAGCUAAAUUUCAGUCCAUUCGGGAGAAAAUUUGCCAGAAAACCCAGCUCACAUUGGCCCAACGGUUUGAUUCCCGCAGCCGACUGUUUGUUAAAUGCUGCCAAGUGUUUGAUUUAUCUGCAUGGCCCAGGAGCACAGAGGAGCUCAUAAGCUACGGUGAGGAGGAAAUGUUACAGAUAUAUAACCACCUAGAGAGUAUACCUUCAUUUCUCACAGAUUUGCCCAGGGAAGCCUCUGAUCCAAGGGGAAGUAUGUUGAUGGAAUGGCGAGAGCUCAAAGCAGAUUACUGUAUAAAAAAUGGUUUCAAAGAUCUGAUCGGUCACAUUUGUAAGUACAGGCAUAGAUUUCUGCUUUUAAAUAAAAUCGUUCAGAUCUUAAAAGUCCUUCCGACUUCAACAGCCUGCUGUGAAAAGGGACGCAAUGCUUUGCAGCGGCUACGCAAAAACAACCGUUCAAGGCUGACGUUGGAUCAGCUAAGUGAUCUCUUGACCAUAGCAGUGAACGGUCCCCCCAUUGCCAACUUUGAUGCCAAGAGAGCUCUGGACAGCUGGUUCGAGGAAAAGUCUGGAAACAGUUAUUCUUUAUCGGCAGAGAUGCUCAGUAAGAUGUCUUCUAUUGACCAGAAGCCCAUGCUUCAAACAAUGGAAGUUGGAUCAGAGUAUUAUCAGGACAUUUAGGGUUCUGCAGCCCUGAACUGUAGUAUACUUUUUUCUAUCUAUACUCUUAAGUUUUGGUAU